GGGUCAAAUCAAAAAGUCAAAAAGACAGUCAAACACAAUGAAAUUUUCAAGCAAGAAAAACCUGGCACUUAUCAAAAUUACCGUGUACAAUUGCUAAACUAUGAAUACGCAAAAAAAUCAUAGAAUAAUCCAACUAUACAAAGAUCGAGGAGACAUGCGAAGAAACAAGAAAGAGCUUCACUCGUCCGUUCCUCGCGAUAGAGGCGACGUCAAGAAAAGUCCCAAGAAAGUAUCUAAACAAGAAUUAUUUAAUACAACGAAAGCAGAAAGUGUUAAAACAGAUCUCGUGUCUCGUUCGACGAAUACGUUUGCCGAGUCUCUGCCUUUUAGCUUAGAGAAUCAAACUAUAAACGCUGAUGUUAGUGUGGAAAAUACUUUGGAUUUUCGAAAGAGAGUUAAGGACAGAUACACGUUUAAGCGGCAUCAAGUGUUGAAGAACGAUGAUAUGAGUCAAUUCAAUAGUACCUUGCAAUGUGAUGUCAGAAAUGAUCCGCCGAAACAUCAUUUGGAGUAUGUCGAAAAAAAAACAAAAGAUUUUCGAGAUGCAAAAAAGUCAGAUAAAGCUUCAAUACAUAGAGCCGUCAGCGCUAUAAAAUUCAAACGCUCGUCCAAACCCGACGAUUUGGCGGAACGCAAAAAAUCGCCCCCAGAAACAGAGAAAAAUAUCACUAGAAAAGACAAAAGGCCGGUGAUAAAAACUAUUACGUCGAAAAUGGACACGCGCGUGUACAAGGCGGUUACCUUCGUCGAGCAGACCGCUCGCAAACCGCUUCACAUAAAAAUACCUAAGGACAUUAAAUCUAAACCAAAGUCAAAAAUACCUACAAUGAUACCUAUUGUAAAAAGUAAAACGACUCAGAGCACAAAACGGCUGCGUAAAAGAACAGUGCCUCAGCCUUCACCGUCUUUCAAAAGCGCGGAUUCCAUGCCUACGGAAAUAGCGAAAUGGGUACCGGAAUCUGUAGACCAACAUACGAAGCCUUAUUACGACGCUUGGGUGAGUAAAACCGCCACGGCCUCCACGAAGUUAUUAAAAGAAGCUAGUCUUGAAAAGUCCGAAGUGCUCCGGAGGUUAGAGUUGGGAAUGAAGAGAUCGCCCGAGCUCAUGUAUAAAAAGUUUACGGAGGAAGAGUAUGCGGGGAGGAUACGGGUUAGGAGGCGCGAGGAAAAGUGAUUUGUUCUGUCAUUGUGCUGUUGUGUAAAUAAGAGACGUUUAUAUCAUUUAGUUUUUUUAUUUAUUAACAGUCACAUGUAAUUUACAAAAAAUAUACUCUUCUUAGGUAUACAAUAAGACGUUGGAGACACGCAA